AUUUUUUCUUGCAGACAUUUAGGAAAAUGUGGCUGAGAGUUCUCAUCGUGCUCAGCUGCAUUUUUUCACGCAGUAUUUGUUCUGCUCGUUUACCCGAAUCUGACCCUGGUUCUUUCAAAGACAGCUCACAAAAUGAUACCCCUGAUGUUGUGGACUUGGAGAACAGCAUCUCUGAUGAAACAAGUGCAAAGAAAAAUUUACAGGAUCCAUCCUUGCUAAGCAUUUUGCACCAAAGUGAAAACCCUCUUGAAGCAUUGCUCGGGGCUGACUAUGCCAAUCUUGAUACUGAUGGCAUCAGGAAGAAACUGCCAAUGGAACUGCUAAGCAAUGAGAACUUUGAAGAUUUGGAUAUAAGCAUAUUCAAAGGGAUGGCUAACCCAGUUGGCAUCAUCAAUGCAUUGACACAAGUGAACCCUGAGAUGCCAAUAGUCCAGAAUGUCAUCAAGGAGUGUGUAAAUCGGCUUGGGAGAGACAGGAUCAAACUCAUGGUGGAUGAAAUGGUGAAUGUGGGAAUGUGCCUUCUUGAAGAAUUCAAUGUCACUCAGAUCAGGCAUGAAAUGGACAUUGCCAUCAUUGAGUCUCGAGGUGGUCUCAAUGACCUCUUCCAAAUGUAUUGCGGGAAGCAAGUUCCAGGUGCAUUUGACUGCUUGAGAAAUGCUGUUGGCAUCAUCAAACCCUGCCUUAUUGAACAGGAACUAGAAGUUUUGAAAACUUACAUUAACAUGUUGGAGGGAGCAGCUGACUUCUGGUGUGAAGAACAGGGCAUAAAGUUUGCCUUAUUCUUUUAUGAGAAGGGAGAUGAGUGCUUGAUGAUGGUUGAGGAAAAACUGCCUGUAUGCUUUGAAGAGGAGAGGUCAUACUUAGAUGCCCAUGGGAUGAACCUCUCACGUGCUUUAUUGUUUGAGAAGACAGCCUUGACUGAGAAGAACUGCGAGAGCUGGUUUGACAUGCACAAAUGUAUCGUGAAGACCAUGAAAUCUGAAUGUGCCACUCGUGUGCCUGGGGAUCUCAUUGAUGGCCUUCUCAAGUCAAUGGAGUUACGGAUGCCUUGUGCAACCUUGAGUGGAGUCCAAAGAGUGAAUUCAUGGCUCAGCCUGUGCCUUUCUCUGCCAGUGAUUCUUCUGCACUUUGCCAGGAAUUUGGGAUCUUAGCAAAGGAGAAUCUUGAUAAGUUCUGAUGUUUCUCUUGUGAUGUAUUGUCAUGCAUUCCGGUGACUGUAUGAAGAAAACUGCUGUGAUGGACCAAUGAGAGAGAGAGAGAGAGUGAGUGAGUGAGUGAGUGAGUGAGUGAGUGAGUGAGUGAGUGAUUGUGAGUUA